AAAGAGCAUUUCCUUUAAGAAAAUUUGAUACAAUAGCUAGCUUUCUAGUUUUAUUUACAUUAUUAUCAACAUAUGCUCUAGUAAAGACUUCAAUUCAUUCUAUUGGGUCUUUAUUAUUAUCUCCUGAAAAAAUAGAAAAGUCAAUUAAUUUAUACUUUUUAGAAUUUGUUGUUGCUACUGCAGCUCAGGUAGCAUUACUUUUAAACAUUUUAUUUAUGCCUCUUAAAGUAUUUGAAGUGCUUGUUGGUUAUCCAAUUCGGGAGAAGAAGUUUGUUGUCAAUUUUGUACUUGGUAUUGGCACAUAUUGGUAA